GUUGCUCAAUCUCACUACUUCCUGAGUCUUCUCGGCGGAAGCUUCUGUCGCAGGGCGCGGGAUCUUCCGCAAGCCGUACCUCGACCACCAGUCCUCGUCUACAAUGCCCAAACGGCGCGUCAACUCAAACACUCUCACGAAGCAUUAUGUGGCCGUGAACUCGAAUGUUUCUGCACGCCAGCAGCAGUAUACCGAGCGUGAGGAAAAAUCAGUCAACGAGCUCAUCCAGGAAUCUCGGGCACGGGCGCUGGCUCAAUCAUUGAACAACCUGAACUUGGGCGGAGGGCCUUCGACCGUGGCUGUAGCUGCAGUCGUUGCCGCCCGUGGGAUGGGUGCAGAGCCCGUGACAGACUCAUUGUCGGCGUAUCUGGCCGAUCCGGACGCAAUGGCAGAGUCAUCAGUAGCCGUCGCUCAGAUUCCAGAGACGCAGACACAUGCUGAUGAGCUAAUUCCACAAGCAACAAUCCAGCCUCGUCGGCGGCCCAUUCGGCGCACGUUUGCUGGCCCUCCUCCGCCUGCAACGUGGAUAGCUCAAGAACAAGUAUCGUUUGCUGCGAUCCCAGGCCGUCGAGUGAAACAGCGGGUAUAUGGCAAGCAGACACAUCCAGCAUCGACUGCGAUGGUACAGCUGUGGUCAGAUAGACAGGCCGCCGAGUUUUCGGCGUUCAGGAACGAGAGAAACGUCCUGAAACGAAAUCUUCCGGGUGCACCACUUUCAGCGAUGGCUAGUUUGCUCCCCCGAGAAGGUAGUCUGGCGCACUGGUGUCUUGUGCGAUUGGCACGGGACUGGGACACUAAUGUCGACUACCUAUAUUACUAUCUACCAGAUCUCGAACCGACUACGAAAAUGGUCUUGGUUGCUUAUUUGGGAUUGGAUAGUCCCAAUGGAAUUGGAUCUCGUGGAUUUCGAUUACUAUUCGAUCCGAACCUCACUAAAGAAGACAACGACAAUCAGAGCCAUUCCGAUGAUCCCAACGGCGAAUACGACAGCGACGAUCUUGAAAUAGACGACUCAAAUGAUCGAAUCACAACGCUUGAUCUUACCUUUCAAAUCGACGACGCGAGACUUGCAUUUCUCCAGAAAUUCAUGGCGCCAAAGGAAAAUAGAUCGCCCUCGACAUCAUGGCAGCGCGCGUUGCCAUCAACUCGAGCGUUCCCGUUUCUCUCUGCUCUUUCAUUAUCACAUCCGAGUUAUAACUCACCGACAAAGCUGUGGUCCUCAUUACUAUCUCUAAUACGCCAACAGCCGACCUUGGUCGCGCUAUCACUUGCAAACUGGCCUAUCCCUCCUGAGAUGUUUUACUCUCAACCAGAUGCGCCCGCUCAGACAUAUCCACCAACCUCGCCCGUCGCAACACUUCGCGCAAUCAGUCGUACGAGCUUCAGUCUGAAGUGGGUCGACUUCAGCUACUGUACAUGGCUUGACGCGACCGCCGUCUUGUCUUUUGAAUGGACUGGCGGAUGGAGAAAUAUGAAGACUCUCGUCUUGCGGGGCUUGAGCAGUGAAGAGACCGACAAGAUCGAGAAGGCAAUCGUUGAUGCUCGUCAAGGUCUAGGCAAUGCUUCAAUUGAAGUAGUGACCAGCUAGCAUCUCAAAGAUAUUCAAGAGUAGACGAAUGGGUUAGACGAAGAUUUAUAGUCUAGUUGUUUGGAAGUCUGUGGCAUCAAUAAAAUAGUAGUUGUUUA